GACGACUUUUUUCAAAAAGAAAGUCACCAAUGGGUUAAGAUGUGUCAUAAAUCUUCAGCAAUGAUAUAAAAGAACAAUCUUUUGAGAUAAGUUUUAGUUAUCAGUAGACAUCGUCGCGAUUCAGUUCGCAAUUUAAAAAUGUCUCUAAUUUUUAAGAAAGAAGUACAAUGGCUAACCACAGUUAUCCUGCCAAGUAUCCUUAAAAGUGGCCGACUCCUGGAUAACUAUGAUGAUGCGCUGGCGAAUACAUUCAAUGUGAGGAGCAUAGAGAUCAAUAUAAUCGGACACGAAGAGGCUUACAUGUUGACCAUCUGUUAUCGAGCAACCAUUAACUUUGAUUACAAUGGUGAAGAGUUCCAAAGGAAAGUGAUUGUUAAGAAAACGCCUUCUAUAAGUGAAGAUCUUUAUGCAUCCCUACAAUUCGACGAUCUCUUCAAUAAUGAAGUUAGUUUCUACACUGAAAUCUUGCCAAUACUCCAAAAGCUAAGCAAUGGCAAAUUCGCUGCAGCGAAGUAUUACUACAGCGAAAUCCAUCCAAAUUCCGCAGUGCUGAUUCUGGGUGACUUUGCUGCCGAUGGCUGGAGCAUAACCAAGGAUAGAGUUGGAUUGACCUUAGAGCACGCACAGAUUGCAGUCAAAUAUCUGGGCAAGUUUCAUGGCUUUGGCUAUGCCAUGAAGCACAACCAAAAGGAGCUCUUUGACAGCGUAACCAGCAAAUUGAGAGAGGCACGCUUUUCCAACUCAUCUGUGAAUGCGGAGUGGGAAAUGAAGCAGAGAAUCACAGUCAAGCGAGCCGCCAAGGCUAUCAAAAUUUAUCAUCCACAAGUUGACAAGGAGUUUAUUAAAAAAUUUCAACAACUGACCUACAGCUAUAUUGGCUAUGGACGUCAACUUGUGGCACCUCGAGAGCCUCUUGCCAUCCUCUGCCAUGGCGAUUUUCUGCGGAAUAAUGUGGCUUACAAAUACGAUACGGAUAGCAGUGGAAAACCCUUGGAAAUUAUGAUGUUUGACUAUCAGACAAUGCGUUUAUGUUCACCCAUGAUCGAUCUCGCCUUGUUUUUGGCCCUUUCGCUCUUUGCAGAUGUGCGUUACAAGAAUUUCGAUAGUCUUUUUGAUGAUUACUGCAAUGCGCUCUUCAACAGCUACAAGAAAUAUUCUAGUCACCCACUUCCCGACUAUCUCAAUCGAAAGAAUCUGCUCAAGGAAUAUAUUAGAUUCUUACCGUAUGCUGUAUUUACUGCUUGCUACUUUCUUAUGGACUUGGUUGCACCAUCUACUACUCCGGAAAACUUUAAUAUCGAGAAAACUGAAAAGGAGAUCAUUGAGAAUGCCGAAAACCGAGGGGGAGAAAUAGUUAAUCGUGAACUUGCACAUCAAUUAAUGGAGUUGUCUGAACUCAGUCGUUUACACAAUGUCCAAAUAGAUGAAGGUAUCGACAUGUCACAAUGGAUUAAAAAUGUCAAAUAAUUUAUAUCUAAAUAU